AAGGAAAGCUCAAAGAAGGUGAACGCUCAAAAUUAUGGAAAAAGAUACUUCGGAAAAUUAUCAACUAUAUGAAUAAUAAUAAAACGCGAUUAAUCGGUAUGAGCCCUGACCAUGCUAUGACAUUGCGGGAAGUGAUUCCCAAAGUAAUUAUCAAACCUAAAAGACCUAUUGGGAAAGAUGAACUGCGAUUACAAAAAGGAACGACUGUAAGAUAUUUAUUAAAACCAGGUGAGUUGGAAGGAGGACACGUUCAUAGGAAAACUGAUUCAUACUUCUCAUUGCGUAUUUAUCGAAUUAAAAAGGUUAUUGUUGGAAGAAAUUCACCACAGCCAGUCUUAUACUAUCUCAAAGAUGAGCCUAUUGAAUCUACUGCUCAUUUGAUGGGACGUAACCCACAUUGA